AUGCCCCAUCAACGCGAUUUAAAUACAGAACCCUACAACGCCCACUUGACACCAAAUCAAAUAAAGAACCUGAGACCAAAGAAUGUCUUUCAUACAACGGAUUUGGGUACCAAAUGUGGACGGUACUAUUGUGCAGUUUGUGGUGAAUGCAAUCCAGCCGUCUCAGAUCCAUCUACACGAUGUAUGGAUUACGUAGCAUGCACAACACUGCCCGAUACCCUUUACCACGCCACUGAAGCGCACAUAAUAGACGACUAUGUUCAACAACGAUUCCGAGAGAAGAGACGAAAACUCUACGAUAGGCACCAAUGA